CAUUUCCCCAGUUUUUGAAAGCUUCAAAAGCAUAAAGUUUUCAUUCUUCUGCAGCAGAGAGCAAUUAUUAUUUUUUCCUUAUUCAGACGCUGAAGGACGAGGUAGACAAUGGAGUUUCCGAAGCUUCGAAAUGACCUUAUUCUUCGUGCUGCGAGAGGAGAAGAUGUUGAACGAGUGCCAGUGUGGGCAAUGCGACAGGCCGGGCGAUACUUACCAGAAUUCCGCAAGGUUCGCGAGGAUCAUGACUUUUUCAAGAUUUGCCGAACGCCAGAGCUUGCCUGUGAAAUUACACUGCAGCCCAUCCUACGCUUUGACCUUGAUGCAGCCAUCAUCUUCUCGGAUAUCUUAGUCAUCCCUCAAGCAUUGGGCUUAGUUGUGGAGAUGGUACCAGGAAAAGGUCCGCACUUCCCUCAGCCAAUCCGGGAACCGCAGGACCUGGAGCGAGUAGCCACGACUGUGGACAUCCAGAUGGAACUGGGAUAUGUAAUGGACGCGGUGGCUCUGACGCGCGUGCGCCUAGAUGGCAAAGUUCCCCUGGUUGGAUUCUGCGGCGCACCGUGGACUCUGAUGUCAUACAUGAUAGAAGGCGGCGGUAGCCCAUCGUUUCCGCAUGCCAAGCGCUGGCUGUACACAUACCCGGACGAGUCCACCAAGCUGCUGGGCAUCAUCACGGAGGUCUGCGUCAACUACCUAGUGGCCAAGGUCAAGUCAGGCGCACAGAUGCUUCAAGUGUUUGAGUCGCACGCCGGCAUACUGACGAUCAGCCAGUUCCGCCAGUUUGCACUGCCCUUCAUCAGCGCCAUUGCACGGCGGGUCAAGGAAGCGCUUGGCGACGAGGCUGUGCCUAUGACAUACUUCAGUCGAGGUGGUCAUCACGCAAUCGGCACCAUUGCCGAGAGUGGCUAUGAUGUGAUCAGUGUCGACUGGACGAUUGAACCUGAGGAAGCUAGGAAACUGGUUGGCCCUAAUGUGACAUUACAAGGGAAUCUGGAUCCUUGUGCACUUUUUUCAGGAGAGGAGAAGUUAGCGUCGCUUACGCGUGACAUGCUGGACAAGUUUGGCUGCAAGCGCUACAUCGCCAACCUGGGCCAUGGCAUGAUGCCGGACUUCAAGCCCGAGAGCCUCGAGGUGUUCGUCAACACCGUGCACAGUCACUCCGAGAAGCUGCUGUCUUGACGUCGUCGCGCCGCCGACCUGCAAUAGUGUGCGUGUCUGCAUGUGUGCGUGUGUGUCUGGGCAACCCGGGUGUCUGCCUAUGUGUGUCUGGGCAACCCGGGUGUCUGCCCGUGUAUGUCUGGGCAGCCCGGAUGUCUGCCCGUGUGUGUCUGUGCAGCCUGUGUGUCAAAUUCGAUCUGGACUAUUUUCUAUGCUCCACUGUGUGUGUAUGUGCUGCUCAUAUACAUGCUAAAUUAUCGUACUUCAAGUACUAUAAAGUUAUGCUACUUCUCACUGUGCUACCAGUUAUAACUACGUAUGCCAGCAUUGCUAGCUGUUAUGUCGUCGAGUGUUUGUAUUUGAGAGAGCAGUUGACAGUGUUUCUACGUGCACUUGCUUUACCGCUGACAGCGCUGUCAUCAUCCCGUUGGAGUGCUGCCGAAACAACGUAGUACAGGCAGUAGCAAUAGCCGUUGUGUUAGCUAUCAACGUACUUCCAAGUACUGCUGUAUGGUUUCCCGCAUCAGGAGACCAAUCCGUGCAUAAUAGCCGUUGUGUUAGCCACUAUUGUAUGCCCCCCGCAACAAUACCGCUGAGCAUGUUUGUUGGAUGCAGACACAGGCUCUGUACAUCAUGUUCCGUUUUUAGUCUACCGCUAGUAUUUCACCAGCUUGCAAUUAUUGCCGUUUUUUCUUUCUUUUUUUUUAAUCGGAUUGUGAUUGUGUUGUAUAUUGCUGUUUUUAUGACUUGCCUGUUUUAGUUUUACAUGUUCGCUAAGUACCAUACUACUAGUACUAGAAGCAUGUCACCAGGAGCCUCAUGUAUUGUAUUCUCUGAUCAGAUUUUGCUUCAGCUCAUAAUGAUCUAUUUUCCUUCUUACACUAA